AGUUGCUUUACCCAAAGGUCCGAAUGGUCAAAGAUUUUUCACAGUACUCUCCCGUUGAUGCUGUCGACGACGACGAGACACUACUUGGUGAUGCAGAAAGGUUCGAUGCAGAACCUCGUGCUAAGUCGCUUAUCCUCCGCCCCAGGCUGUGGUUGAGCCACGGCACACUUAUUUUCACAUCGAUGCUCUUUUUUACGCUAUGGAUGCGUACGCCUUCGGCUCACCUGCGCGACGAAAUUGCUGUAUACUCCCCGGCACAUGUUGCUGUCGAGCCUACGAUUACAAGGUUUAACGGAACCCUCGACUUUCCUUCUAUAUAUCGUGGCCCCCCUUCCCCAGAACUCGAUCUCAAUUGGAAUAGAAUAUCUCGCAAUGUGGGGCCAACCCGAAUGACCCGUGAGGAGAUGCUCAAAGCAGGCGAAACCGAUUUGCGUUCGAAAGUCAGGUAUCCGGACAGCAUUGGUGGAGGCUACAUGGUCUCUUUGGAAGUCGGCCAUCAAUUGCAUUGUGUGAACUUGCUUCGCAAAGCCUCUUGGGUGGAUUAUUAUGGGCCCAUAGAUAUUUCAUUCCAGGACUCCCCCAAAAUCCUCCGUCUGCAUCUUGAUCACUGCCUCGAAAUGAUCAGGCAGAAUAUUAUGUGCAAUGCCGACGUGACGAUGAUCACAUGGGACUGGGUGCAGGGACACAAGAUCCCCUACCCUAACUUCAACACCCGUCAUCAAUGCAGGAACUUCGAGAAAAUCAUGGAUUGGCAUGUCGAACACGCUAUUCAUAUCGAGAAAUCGGAGGUUACUCGCUUCGAAGACACGGUUGACAUCCCCAAACUCAACCUCAAUGACAUCGAUGUAUGAAUCAAUGAUUUACAAGGAAUCAUACUAUACUUGCUCACUCCACUUGUUCACCUUGGAAGUUGGGGAGGAGAGUGGUCAUUGGGGUCUUGGGAAGAACUGUAUUAAAACAAAUGUGAUGUAGAUCGAUGUGACCCAGAAUGUCAGUGUGCGCUGUUUA